GGGGGAGGAUGACCAAUCUAAUCUGGCGCGUCGUCUGGAAAGCUCUGCUGUACAGGUUGGUUCUCUUCUCCCCUUCUUCCUCGCUCGCUCGCGCCGCCGCGCCGUCCUGCUCUGCGUCGACGUCCCGGAUCUGCGCUGCUCUGGCGUGGAUGCGGACGGGGAGCGAGAGUGAGUGCUCGCGCGCGCCGCCGCUCCCUUGCUCUGCCUGCCCCGGUCUGGGAGAAGGGGAGGUUGCAAGCCCGGCGGCUCGCGAAAGACAAGCCCGGCCGCCGCCUUGGUCUGCCUGCCCUGGUCGUGUCAGAUGCUCCGCUUGUGCUGUGUGAGGGGCGGGAGAGCAGAGUGUGUGGUUUCAGAUCUGUCUGCUGCUGCUGCCGCUUGAUGCCUCUGCUGACAGGAUAAGGAGUGGGAGAUAAUGAGGAGAAAUUGAUGCUGCUGCUGCUCUACUUGUUUCGAUGUUCAUGUUAUUGUCCCUGAUGCUCUUGUUUGUUUCUACUGAUUCUGCAGCUUCUUUCUUCAUCACAGCCAAAUGAUUGAGCCAUCCACCUAUUUUGUGUUUGGGGAGAGACAGACAUACAGAGGUUUGAUGGCUAUAUGGAAUCAAUUUGAUAAAAAUGUAGGUGUGUGACAUCUGCUAAAUGGGUUGGCCUGCACAAAGAAAUAAAGGUGUGUGACCUAUUUUGUGUUUGACGGCUAUCUCUGGAUGUUGGUGCUCGAAUGAGUAUUCAGUGAGUGAGAUUUGGUGACUUGGUUGGAGUUGCUCUCAGCAACCAUCAUUCCGAUAAUUAAACGUCAACUACCAUGGCGGGGGCUGUUGUCGGGCAGCUGGUGGUCUCCCUUGGUGCGGCGCUGGCGAAAGAGACAGCUAUCUUUGGCGGGGCACUGCUCGGCAAGGAAGCCGCCGCCCUCAGGGGCCUCUUCGGCAAGAUCCGCGACUCCAAGGUGGAGCUGGAGAGCAUGCAGGCCUACCUGCAGGAGGCGGAGCGGUUCAAGGACACCGACAAGACCACAGCCAUUUUUGUCGGCGAGGUCAGGGGCUUCGCCUUCCAGAUCGAGGAUGUCGUUGACGAGUUCACCUACAAGCUGGAGGAGUGCAAGCACGGAGGGUUCGCUGGCAAGAUGAAGAAGAGGCUCAAGCAUAUCAAAACCUGGCACCGCCUAGCAGCCAAGCUCCAAGAAAUCAAAGCCCAGCUGAAAGAUGCCAAGAGGAGGAAGCAGGAUUACGCCGUCACUGGCAGAUUUGCUUCUUCUGCCAGAUCGAUAAAUCAAGGUCAAGCUCUUCACUUCACCAGGGAUGAGGACCUUGUGGGGAUAGAGGAGAACAGGGACAGGUUGAUACGGUGGCUGACCAUCGGCGGUUGUAGUGGUCAUGGUCUAGCGCAGAGCAGCAGCAAGGUUACCUCGGUGUGGGGGAUGCCUGGUGUUGGUAAAACCACUCUGGUUGCUCAUGUGUACAACACUGUAAAAGUGGAUUUCGACGCGGCGGCGUGGGUAACUGUGUCGGAGAGUUACCGUAUCAAGGAUCUGCUGAAGAAAAUUGCCGCCCAGUUCGGCAUCACAGUCGACGUCGCCGACAUUGAGAUGAGAGACCUAGCAGAGUCCAUCCACAACUACCUUCAAGGUAAAAAGUUCAUGGUCCUGGAUGAUGUUUGGGCUGCGCGUGUGUGGUCCGAGAUAAGGAAUGUCUUCCCAACGUCUAACUGUACCGGCCGAUUUGUUAUCACAUCAAGAAAGCAUGAAGUGUCACUGUUGGCAACUAGGGAGUCUGCAAUUCACUUGGAACCGUUACAACCACAUCACUCCUGGGUGUUGUUUUGCAAAGGGGCCUUUUGGAAUGAUAAUGUCAAUGAGUGCCCGUUGGAAUUGCAAGAAUUGGCUGGGAAGUUCAUAACAAAGUGUCAAGGCUUGCCUAUUGCUAUUGCUUGCAUUGGCCGCCUACUCUCCUGCAAAUCCCCAACUUCUGCUGAAUGGGAGGAUGUGUACAGGGGUUUGGAUUCACAAUUGGCGAAAGAUGUGAUCCCCGAUGCUCAUAUGAUCCUAAAAGUCAGCUUGGAGGACCUUCCGUAUGAUUUGAAGAAUUGUUUCCUACACUGUGCAUUGUCUCCAGAAGAUUAUGUAUUAAAGAGGAGGAAGACAAUGAGGCUCUGGAUCGCUGCGGGGUUUAUCAGGGAAAAAGAUGAGAGCAAAACAUUGGAGGAAGUGGCAGAGGGAUACUUGGCUGAGCUUGUGAACCGAAGCCUUUUACAGGUAGUAGAAAGGAAUUAUGCCGGACGACUGAAAUACUGCAGGAUGCAUGAUGUCAUACGCCUUCUUGCCCUCAACAAAGCCAAGGAGGAAUGCUUCGGUAAAGUUUAUAAUGGCUCUGCUACUGGGGCAUUCUCUGUAGACGGUGCACGUCGCAUAUCGGUCCAUGGGGGAAAUCUUGAACAACUGAGCCGAUCUGGCACAACACAUCUCCGUGCACUCUAUGUAUUUGGGAGGUAUAUCGAGGUCGAUUUGCUGAAGCCUAUCCUAACAUCUUCGAAACUGCUGACGAUGUUGGAUCUUCAAGGUACCUGUAUCAAAAUGCUGCCCAGUGAGGUAUUCAACAUGUUUAAUCUGCGUUAUUUGGGUCUUAGAGCUACUGGGAUGGAAAGCCUGCCUGAAGCAGUAGUGAGGUUGCAAAACCUGGAAGUCUUGGAUGCUUCCAAAUCUAAGUUGACGUAUUUGCCAAACAGUGUUGUAAAACUUAAGAAGCUGAGAUACCUGUAUGCAUGGUCUGUUGUUACAUCUGAGGAAUUUGAAAUUGGAAAUCUAAGUGGAGUCAAGGUGCCCAAUGGCAUACAACAGUUGGCAGGACUGCAGGCUCUUCAGUCCGUCAAAGCUGCUCCAGAGUUUCUGCGUGAAGUUUCAGCUCUGACAGAGCUGAGAACAUUUGGUGUCUGCAACGUGAGAAGUGAACAAUCUGCUGAUUUGAGCAAUGCUAUCACCAGAAUGAGCCAUCUUGUUCAUCUCGAAAUUGUUGCUGCAGCUGAGAAUGAGGUAUUGCAGUUUGAAGGUCUAUAUUUACCUCCAACCCUUUCUUCGUUUGGUUUAGCAGGGCAGCUAGAAAAAACAUCGAUACCUCAGCUUUUCUCUUCUUGGUCACACCUUAAUAGCCUCACUCGAUUGCACCUGGCAUUCUCCAAUAUUGAUGAGCAAACCUUUUCCUUUCUGCACAUGUUACGUGGUCUACGCUUUCUUGAGGUAAUGAAGGCUUUUGAAGGGAAGAGGUUGGAAUUUUGCGCAGGGUCAUUUCCUAAACUUCGAUUUCUACACAUAUGGGGCGCAGCACAACUCAACCAAGUUAGAAUAGAAGAGAGUGCGCUAAAAAUCCUCGCUGAGCUAUGGUUCACAGACUGCCCUGAGCUAAAGUUUCUUCCAGAUGGCAUCGAACACCUUUCAGCCCUUGAGAAAUUAAUUCUGAAAGACACGUCAGAAGUGCUGAUAAAGAAGCUCCAGCAGAAGAGAGAUUCAGAUGAAUGCAGCAAAGAUGCAAUGAAGAUUAGCCACAUAAGGAAUGUUACAGUUGCACUGAGCCAUAAUGGAUUUGAGGAAAGGAUUAGGUGAUCGUCAACAUUCCCAAGAUUCUGUGCUGCAAUGUCAAGCACAAUUUGAUCCCUCCUCUAUUGGUCUGCCAGAUUGCUCCGUAUUAAGGCGCUGAUGGGGCGAGCAGAAUUCAAGCUGGGCAGGCCAUGAGGUGUUGCACUUGUUGCUCAAUGAAAUUCUGGGCCAUUCCUUCUUACUGUACUUGCUCUAUAUCAAAGACGACACAAGACAGAUGGCUGCAAAUAUUCCUUCUUACCUGGGCGUUCUUGCCCUGCGAUGUUGGUGUGAUGUUCUUCCGCUCAUCAGUUAGUGGUGGUUUCUGUUGCCUACCUAUAUCUACUUCCUUUGGCAUGGUGAACUUUUGCUGCAUGCAAAUUAUAAAGACCGUAUUCAACUUUGUCAGUGUUGUGGUGGAUCACAUGUCCAGAGCAAUUUUGUAAGUGAGCUGAAUUUGUUGAUUCAGUUUUAUAUACUGGCUCAGGAGUCUGAAUAUUUGAGUAUUCGUGGGGCUUCUGAGGUUGUAAUCAAACUGAGUUCAUGGCAAGCAAUUAGUGCUGUUGCUGUCCGAGUGUUGUCUAUCCUAAAUAAAUAUUUCUGAUGUGGAAGCAGGCAACACGACUGAAGUGUUGUCAGUUGUUCCAGUGUCAGUAUGUUUUCAGAUGAA